CCGGGGUUCCAUGCGCCGGGCUGGCUGCUCAGGCCGCGGCUUGUCGUCAUGGCGGAGGUGAAGGCGCCGGAGCCGCUGGAGAUCGAGAGCAGGAUUCUUGAGCUGUGCCAUCAGUUUCCCCACGGCAUCACAGACCAGGUGAUUCAGAAUGACAUGCCCCAUAUGGAGGCUCAGCAGCGGGCCAUGGCCAUUAACAGGCUACUCUCCAUGGGACAACUGGACCUUCUGAGAAGCAGCACUGGCCUUCUCUAUAGAAUCAAGGAAUCUCAAAAUGCUGGUAAAAUGAAGGGAUCUGACAAUCAAGAGAAAUUGGUCUAUCAAAUUAUAGAGGAUGCAGGCAACAAAGGUAUUUGGAGCCGGGAUAUUAGAUAUAAAAGUAAUCUUCCCUUAACUGAGAUCAACAAGAUACUGAAGAACUUGGAAAGCAAGAAACUCAUUAAAGCUGUGAAGUCUGUAGCGGCUUCCAAGAAAAAGGUGUACAUGUUAUACAAUCUUCAGCCAGAUCGUUCUGUGACCGGUGGAGCUUGGUACAGCGACCAGGAUUUUGAAUCUGAAUUUGUAGAGGUCCUGAACCAACAGUGUUUUAAAUUCUUGCAGACCAAGGCUGAAGUCGCUCGUGAAAGCAAGCAGAACCCAAUGAUCCAGAGAAACAGCUCGUUUGCAUCCUCGCAUGAGGUGUGGAAAUAUAUCAGUGAAUUGGGCAUCAGUAAGGUGGAAUUGUCAAUGGAGGACAUAGAAACCAUUCUCAACACAUUAAUAUAUGACGGAAAGGUGGAAAUGACCAUAAUUGCUGCCAAAGAAGGAACAGUCGGCAGCGUGGAUGGGCACAUGAAGCUGUACAGAGCAGUGAACCCCAUCAUCCAGCCCACGGGUUUGGUUCGGACCCCUUGUGGGCUCUGUCCAGUUUUUGACGACUGCCAUGAAGGUGGUGAGAUAUCUCCAUCGAACUGUAUUUAUAUGACAGAGUGGCUGGAGUUUUAGCAACAAAGUGUGGAUUGUGUCACCUUCCUGCACCUGAUGUUAAUGAACCAGCUUUUUUUAAUAAUAGAUUUUUUGCUCAGGAGGAAGGAGUUUUGUUUUUUAAGCUCUAACCUGUUUAAAGAGAGCAUCAGCUGAAGACAUUCUCAGACAGCUGUGUGCUGUUUGAUUUGACUGAAAAGGCACCCAUCUUUUCUGUUCAAGACAUGCACAGGCAGAAAAAGAGCGCUCUGUGUAGCCUUAGAGAGGGAGGUUGGGUGGUGUUGAUGCGCAGAGUGAAUGAGUCCGUUUGCCAUGCUAAACGAAGAAAGUUUGCUCACGGCGCCCCAGUCCUGCAGCAGGCCUUUAAACAACAUCACAGCGCGGCGGAGAAAGUGGCAGGGCAGCCAUCCUGCAGUGUUGCAGAUUAGGGGAGUCUCCCCAAAAGCUCUUCUGGGCAACCUCAUUCAGUGACUGGGAACUUGAACAAGAGGACUCUUUGGCUUUGGGGGCUUGGGAACUCUACUGAAGCUGGGAUUAGUUCUCUGUCAAUGUAAAUUCAAAACAUAAAUUCAAAAUGUUUGUUUCUGACAAAACCAGCUUCUUGGAAAGAUUUUCAAGGAACAGAGCAGGGUGAUUAGCAAAGCAGGUAAAACCAUCAAAAUAAACUACUCAAGAAGCAUUUUAGGAUUGCAAACCUGCAUGUAGGAUUAGGGGUUUGAAAGUCUCCAUUAUCUGAAAUUGAAAGGUUUUGAUUCUGGGUUGUUGGUUCUUUUCUGCAACAGGGACAAGCACUGAACCACUCCAAACGUCAUGUAGUUGCAACACGCUAAGUGAGAUCAUAACAUCUCUUGAAUUUCUGCCGGGCCACUUACGACUAAACUCCAGAGCAUCUUGUUUCUACAGCAUGCCAUCUAAACUCACUCCAAGACGGAAAAUCGUUAGUUACUUGUCCAACAAGCGAUUGAGAAAGCUGUUGAACAGCUUCCUAACGAUGUACAAUGUUUUGUUUAAUACAAUCGAGGUGAUUUGACUUCUCAGAGUGAUCUUGGGUAUAAAGGGCGUCUUUAGUGAGGGUUCCAAAAACGCCUGACUUACAGCAGGUGAACAGUGGAGGCAGAUUUCUCCAUACAUUGGUCUAGCUGUAAGAAGUUGUAAAGGAGGAGAAAUCUUAUGGCUCUCCUCCUUGGGCUGUCCUCCAGCUUCCACCCCUUUCUGACCCUCUGAUUUCUCUGUCUCUCUCUCUCUCCUCAGUCUUCACCCCCUGCAUUACUCUCUGUUUUCCCUCCUUUCUGCCCUACUAGCCCCCAGUCCUUUUCCUUCUCCCCUUCCUUUCACCUCCCCAUUCCUGCUCCUACCUUCUCGUACCUCUUUGGGUUUGCAGAAAUGUAUGUCUUAAUCCUGGAUGGUAACAUUCAGUGGGUUUUUGAUCUGCCCAGCAUACAUAGCUGGAAUAAACAUUAAUUUUGCAUUUGAAUACCGCUAAAUGUGGAUAGGAGCAGGGGAGACCUACAUCCAGUAGUAAUUCAAUGAAAACCAGAGACCGUUUUUGCUUUGUUUAUUGUAGUUAUAAAGCAAUCGGAUUUUUUUUCCAUCUAAUUUCUCUAAAAUGUGGGUAGCUUCUACAUUCCAGUAAUUCUCCAUGCCAAAUUCUACACUGUUAAGAAGUGAUUUUACCUGGCCAUCCUUCCUGCUACCAGCUCUCCUUGUCUCCCCCCUUUUCUGGUUUCAAUCUCUCCAUACAACUAGCUCUGUGCAACUUGUCUUUGGCUUUCUUUUUUCUUCUUUGACCCCUCAAGUUUACUACAUAGCAGACUUCCGCCAAAUCAAUGAAAGGCUCACCCUAGCAAGGUACUAAAAUGAGAACUUCGAAGAUACAACCGGAAGGUGGUCAGAAAUAAGACAAAACCUUUUAACGCCUGCAACACCAUUUUUCUAAAUCGGAUUCCUCUGAUGUGUAUACAAGAUGGUAACUUCAGUCAUGCAGCUCUAAAUACAUUUUAUGUUAUAGGCCAAGUUAUACAGCUGCAAGAGCAAGUGUUGAGUCAACUUUUCAGCAACCUAUUAUUAUGCUGUCUGAAUGUUUUUAUUUAUUAUGAAAGCAAAACAAUUUA